CUGGUUCAAGCAACAUCUACAGCGUGUGAAGCAUGCGACAUUCACAGCAAGCUGCAUCAUCAAUUGACAGCCUACAGCCUUGCUUAACGGCAAUAGUUCACGCGAAUCACCACCGAGUGUGGCGAUGAUGCUUUGAAAUCGCGCCCCAGGGCCGGCUAAGCGAGCGGCCCGUGCGCCUUCACACAGGAAAUCGUCUUUGCCCGCCCGACCUCACUCGUCAACUAACCCACCCAACGAGCAGGUUACCAGUCGUCACAAUGGCCCGCCGUCCCGCCCGUUGCUACCGCUACUGCAAGAACAAGCCCUACCCCAAGAGCAGGUUCAACCGUGGUGUACCUGAUGCCAAGAUCCGCAUCUUCGACCUCGGUCGCAAGAAGGCCAGCGUAGACGACUUCCCUCUCUGCGUCCACCUCGUCUCCAACGAGUACGAGCAGCUGUCCUCCGAGGCUCUCGAGGCCGCCCGUAUUUGCGCCAACAAGUACCUCGUCAAGAUUGCCGGAAAGGAAGGUUUCCAUCUCCGUGUCCGUGUCCACCCUUACCACGUCGUCCGUAUCAACAAGAUGUUGUCGUGCGCUGGUGCCGAUAGGCUGCAGACCGGAAUGCGUGGUGCCUUCGGAAAGCCCAACGGUCUCGUUGCCCGUGUCAACAUUGGUCAGAUCCUCAUGUCCGUCCGAACCCGUGACUCUCACCGCGCCACCGCCCUUGAGGCUCUGAGGCGUUGCCAGUACAAGUUCCCCGGUCGCCAGAAGAUCAUCGUCUCCAAGAACUGGGGUUUCACCCCCCUCAAGCGCGACGAGUACGUCGAGAAGCGCCAGGAGGGCAAGAUCAGGAUCGACGGUGCCUACGUACAGUUCCUCCGCAACAAGGGUGCUCUCGAGUACAACAUGCGCCGCUUCCCCGAAGCUUUCGAGCAGGAGGCUUAGGUGUUUUGUUGCGAGUGAAAAGAUGAUGAACAUGCGCUUUGGGUUAUUCAAAUGGGAUACCGGUCAUGGCGUGGUUUGCUUUCCUCAGUCAUCGAUCAAGGUCGGAGGAGGUGUCGUCUGUAGAGAAUGACCGAAUACCAGCUCGACAAUGACAAUGAUACAACAAUACUGUUCGAUGUUCAUGUGAUGCCAUAUACCACUACACUAAUCAAGAAUCAGUCAAGUAUCUAUAUUGCAGAUCAUUGCGAUCAUGCAGUGUUCUUGAAGAAUGCGAUGUAUUGCGUUAUCAAGGCCAUCCUAGCCCGUCAUGGUAUCAAAUCAAACACCUAAACCCGCCCAACGCAUAUAGGCAUGCAUGCUGAUGCAAUACCAGGAUGAAUCACCCAAACGCCAGAACAAAUGAUUACACCCCAACACCAGCGCCCCUUCCCUCAGCUUGCGCCUUGCUAAACUGCC